AUGACUGAAGCUUUGGAACGGAUCAUGGCUAAAAUGCUGCCUACAUUACUUUUUCGGUUUUUCUUCAGUAGCAGCAACGAAUAUUAUUAUGUAAAAUAUUUCCUUGGAGCAAUUGUUGGAUGGUUUAUUGGCGCCGCAAUAUUUUCCUUUGGAUGGGCAAUGUCUAGUUAUAUCCGCUGCUCCACACUGAUGAUAUUGCUGCUUAUCCUAACCCAAAGGACUGGUGCACUAACGACUGCAAUUGCAAUGAAAGCAAUCACCGGUGGCCCUGUUCCCAAUUUGAUGCAAAAUGUAGAGGCCCUGGUAAUGAGCUUUGAAUGUACAGGAGAGAUGACCCUCAACCACACGAAGAUGAUGUACACUUCAAUGAUGGAACCUGUAAAGAAGAUAUUUGAUCAGUUGCUGAAAAGAUCAUCGAAUUUGACAAAUGACACAAAAGAAAUAACCGAUGAUUUCAAAGAGAUAGAGGAAGAAGUUAAAAGCACUGAGGGAUAUGAUAAUGUGAGAGAACAAGAACUGAUAAGAGAAGAAACUGAGAGGAACAAAACAUUAAAAAUAAAUACUCAGAAGAAAUUUAGCCUGAAGACUUUCUUGCGCUGUGAGAGUCUCUUCGAAAUGGGCAUUGGCAAAUGUCAUGAAUGGUUUGACAAGAAAUAUGAUGACUGCAUGCAAACUAUAAUGUUACCUGUUCUCAAUCAUGCAUUGUGCUGGCCCAUGAAAUUAAAAUUUGUCUGCGGUGCUUUAAAUUGGUUCCUGCCAAUGUGCAAGAAGCACCUUCGUAUCGACCCAAAGUUUGGAGAUGUCUAUGACAACAUCAGUGAGGCUAUUGGCACAUUCAAGCAGAAUGUCACUAUAAAUGUUCAAAUUACAUUUAGAAACAAAACCUUAUUUGAUACGACUUUGAAGAACGUCAAGAAAAAUGUAACAGAAACAGUUGAAGGGACAGAAACACUUUCUCAGAAAGGUGUAAAACUUUUAAAAUUAGUUUUGUCUCUUCUCUUCCUCCAAUACUUUAGGAAUGCUUUUGGCUAUGUGAGCAAGUACAAUUCAGAUCUUCGGCAUGACAAUAUGUACAUAACAACGUACUUCAGAGAGAUCGAUGCUCGCAGGAGGAAGAAGGGAAAAAGGCACCUUCUACCCCUGAAAAAAGGGGAACGUGCUGAUUUAAUCUUCCCACUAAAGUUUGCCCUCCAGGGGCCAGAGAUGAAAGCAUUGGUUGGCGCUAUGAUAAAGAGCGUCCCAUUAAUUGCUAUUUGUCUCCUGAUAUUCGCACUGGAUUUGGGGGUGCAGAAUAUGAUGGAUAUUACUAACAAGCACUCCCAUAUUGAAUUCAACUUUGCCUCCAUUUCAGAGUUGCUCUCCACAUUGCGUAAUGCACAUCUCUUUUUCCCUGCAGUUAAACACAAUCUAGAAGUGAUUGUCGGUGGGACUGGAUUCCUGGCAAGAUUUCUCCGUAACACAAUUGGAAAUAUCAAUACAUCCUCUAAUGCGCUUCAUGUUACGGAUAAUACAGUUUGUCUGCCACAACCCAUUCGCCUGACUGCUGAGCAGUAUAUCGGCACUUGCCUGCUAUUGGCUGUGACACUGAUACUUCCAGUUUUCAAGGUAUACACGAGCCGACUCCGUAGGGUCCUGGCUGCUUACUUUUUCCCUAAGACUGAGAAACGGCGAAUUCUCCACCUCUAUAAUGAGUUACUGAGGUACAGGGAACUGUAUUUAAAUAUAAAGAGGAAGAACUUGAUGAUCACUGCCAACCGACACAGAAACUUUAUGAUGUCUAUACCUGGAAUGCUAUUCCGACAAAUGAAAUGGCUGAGAUUCAUUAUAAAGCGUCGCUGCUUGGUUUGUAAUGCCAAGGAAACCAAAACCUCCUAUAAUUGCAAGACAUCAAACUGCGACACAAUCUACUGCCUCGACUGCUGGAAGGAGAUAAAGAAAUGCUGCUUUGUUUGCUUACCAGAUGAUUUAAUUGCAAAUUAUGCCUGUGAUGAGGACUAAUUCUACAGAUCUGCCUAUUUAGUCUAUAAGGAUCUAAAGAGAGAAAUGAGCAAGUCAGACUGAUCAAGCAGUUAAAGUUACUCUAUAUGAAUGGCUCACUGAUUCGCAGACCCUGAUAGGGAAGGGACUUAAAUGGAAGUGGGCAGGGUCUGGCGGAUCAGGGCAAGUCUGGAGUAAUUUGAUGUUAUCUGUGCCGGCAAAGGGAGGUCUGAAGACCUUUGUUACGUAAAGUCCUACUGGCCUAAAAAUGUCAAGGAUGAAGGGAGCCUACCUAGCCUUUCAGCAAAGGGAGAUCUGAAUGCCUUUGCUACGUUAAGCCCUACUGGGCUGGAGAGGUCAAGGAUAAAGGGACCCCACCUCGCCUUGUGGCAAAGGGAAGUUCGAAUACCUUUGCUACGUAAAGCCCUACUGGGCUGGAGAGGUCAAGGAUAAAGAGACCCCCACCUCGCCUUGUGGCAAAGGGAAGUCUGAAUACCUUUGCUACAUAAAGCCCUACUGGGCUGGAGAGGUCAAGGAUAAAGGGACCCCCCCCAGCCUUGCGGCAAAGGGAGGUCUGAAGAAUUCUUCAUUGCGGGCCUUUUGGCCCCUCUACUUCACUGUCUGGUUUUAUAAACCACUGAUGCUAACUCCACAACAAAAGCUGGACAAACAUGAUUAUAAUAUAAUAAACAUUUCUUAGUUAAGUCUU